CUCUUUGUCUUUGCCUCUCUGUAGCUCUGCCUUUCAAAUAAAUUUAAAAAAAUAUAUUUGUUUAUUUGAAAGGAUGAGUUAACAGAGAGGCAGAGGCAGAGAGAGAGGUCUUCGACCAGCUGGUUCACUCCCCAGAUGGCCACAACGGCUGGAGCUGCACCAGUCUGGGGCCAGGAGCCUCUUCCUGGUCUCUCACACAGGUGCAGGGGCCCAAGGACUACUGCUUUCCCAGGCCACAGCAGAGAGCUGGAUUGAAGUGGAGCAGCUGGGACUCAAACCGGCACCUCUUUGGGAUGUCAGCACUGCAGGUGGCGGCUUUACCCACUAUGCCACAGCACUGGCCCCUGCAUUUUUAUUUUUGAGUGGCUUUUUUCUUUUUAAGAUUCUUUUUAUAUUCUGCAUAUUUAUCUUUUGUUACAUAUGUCUGUAAAAUCUCUCAUUCUGUCACUUUUAAUUUUCUGGUAUCUGAGGCUUUUUGCAGGGGGCCGGAGUCAUUCUUUCCUUGUAUUAGACUUUUUGUUUUGUUUGAACAUUUAGGUCUCCAGCCUCCCUGAAAUAUGAUUUUCAGUGCAGUGCCAUGGAAAUCAUGGCUCUAGUUUUGCUUCCCUUGGAAACCUGUGUGAACACUGUGCCUCCUCUUCACUGCCACUGACUCUGAUUUGUCUGUGCGUCUUCCAUCAUCCGUUUUCCCAUGCUGGCACUUCACUUUUUUUUUUUUUUUUUUAAGAUUUAUUUAUUUAUUUGAGAGGCAGAGAGAGAGAGAGAGCGAGAGAGAGGUCUUCCAUCUGCUGGUUCACUCCCCAAAUGGUCACAACAGGCCAGGAGCCUGGAGCUUUUUCCAGGUCUCCCAGGUGGGUGCAGGGGCCAUUUUCCACUGCUUUCCCAGGUGCAUUAGCAGGGAGCUGGAUCGGAAGUGGAGCAGCUGGGCUCACACUGGUGCCCAUAUGAGAUGCCCGUGCCACAGGCCAGGGCUUCACCUGCUGUGCCACAGCGCUGGCCGCUGCACUUCACUUUUCGUUUCCGGAGCCUAGGUCUUGAUAUCUGGUAGGGCACAUCCUGCCUCCCUUGUUCCUGUUUUGGUGUUGCCCUGGUUAAUCAGAUCAUUCUUUUUUUCUUGUUUAUUUGAGGGGCAGACACACACACACACACAGGGAGAAAGGGAGAGGGAGAGAGAGCCCAUGUGCUGAUCCUGUCUUCAGAUGCCUGCAACAGCCUGGGACUGGAGUGAGCGGAAGCCUGGACCUGGGCAUGCAUUCCAGGUCCACGUGAGGACAGGACUCCAAUUACUUGGGUCAUUGCCACUGCCUCCUAGGGUCUGUAUGAACAGAAAGCUGGAGCUAUGUGGAGUGUCAAACCCAAAUACUCUGUAGUAUGUGGGCAUCUUUACUGGUGUCUUAGCUGCUGGGCUAAAGGCCUGCCUCUUGUUAUUACUUAUUUUUAUUACUUCUUUUCACCUUAUCUGACGGACAAAGAGAAACAGAUCUAUGCUUUGGUUUACUUCUGAAAUGCCUGUAGCAGCCAGGGCUGGGCCAGCCAAAACUUCAUCCAGCUCCCCUGUUGGUGGCAACAGCCCAGGUUCUUGAGUCAUCACCUGCUGCCUCCCACGCCCAGUGCACACUAGCAGGAAGCUGGAUCAGGACCCAGACCAGGCACUCCAGUCAGGGACUCGGGUGUCCCAAGUGGCUUUUUAACUAGUGCCAAACACCCAUCCUCUGGGUCAUUAUUUUUUCAUAUGAUUUUUUUUUAAAAAGAUUUUAUUUAUUUACUUGAGAGGUAGAGUUACAAUGAGAGGGAGAGGCAGAGAGAAAGGUUUUCCCUCCGCUGGUUCACUCCCCAAAUGCCCGCAACGGCUGGAACUGUGCCAAUCCGAAGCCAGGAGCCAGGUGCUUAUUCCGGGUCUCCCAUGCAGGUGCAGGGGCCCAAGGACUUGGGCCAUCCUCCACUGCCUUCCCGGGCCAUAGCAGGGAGCUGGAUCAGAAGUGGAGCAGAAAGGGCGUGAACCAGCAUCCAUAUGGGAUGCCGGUGCUGCAGGCAGAGGAUUAAGCUACUGCGCCAUGGCGCCGGCCCCUUUUCAUAUGAUAUUUUAAAGUCAUUUUGGUCAGGUUUCACAUGUCCUGUAAUUUUUAUUCUAAUUACCCAGAAUAGGUUAAUUUGGGGAACACUGAUAUCUUUAUGAUGUGUAGUCCCUCUAUUUAUAAAUAUGUUUCUCCAUAGGUCUUUUUAAAAUCCUUCAUUGAAGUUUAUAGUUUGGUCUGACAUAUCAGUUAUUUAUAUUUUUUUAAAGAUUUAUUUACUUUCUUUGAAAGAGUUACAGAGCAGAAGAGAGAAAUUUUCCAUCCACUGGUUCAUUCCCCAAAUGGCAGCAACAGCCAGCGCUGAGCCAGGCUGAAGCCAGGAGCUUGGAGCUCCAUCAGGGUCUCCCACACGGGGGCAGAGGCCCACGCACUUGGGCAUCCCCCACUGCUUUCCCAGGCCACAGCAGGGAGCUGGUCGGAAGUGGAGCAGCGGGACUUGGACUGGUGCCUGCAUGGGAUGCCGGCAUCACAGCCAGCGGCUUAACCCACUACAGCACCGUGCCAGUCCCUGGGUUAUUUUUUGUUAGACUUUUUCUUAGUUACUAUGUAAUUUUUGUAGCUGUUGUAAAUGUGGCUUUUGCUUGUUGAUUUCUAGUCUAUGGAAUUGAUAUUGAUUAGUCUGUGUUGACCUUAUACGUGCAAUGCUGUUGAGCUCAUUUUGACAAUGAAUUGAUACUCUUGAAUUUUCUAUACAGUUCACUUUAUCAUUCUCUCUUUUUUUAAGAUUUAUUUAUUUAUUUGAAAGUCAGAGUUACACAGAGAGACAAAGAGAGAGAGAGGUCUCCCAUCUGCUGGUUCUCUCCCCAAUUGGCCACUACGGCCGGUGCUGUGCUGAUCAGAAGCCAGAAGCCAGGAACUUCCUCUGGGUCUCCCACGCGGGUGCAGGGGCCCAGGACUUGGGCCAUCUUCUACUGCUUUCCCAGGCCACAGCAGAGAGCUGGAUCAGAAGUGGAGCAGCUGGGAUUCGAACUGGUGCCCAUAUGGGAUGCCAGCGCUGCAGGUGAUGGCUUUACCCGCUACACCACAGCGCCGGCCCCUCACGUGGCAUCUUAACUGCUGUGCCAGACACAUGCCCCCAUAUGUAUAUUUUAUCAUUAACAUUUUCUUUUAAAUUAAAAACAUUAUUUAAAAUAAUUUAUUUGAAAAUCUGCUAGUUCACUCCCCAGUUGCUUGCAACAGCUGGAACUGGGAUAGGCUGAAGUCAGGAACCUAGAGCUCCAUCCAGGUCUCCCACAGUCCGUGAGCCAUCACCUGCUGCCUCCUAGGGUGCACGUGAGCAGGAAGCUGGGAUCAGAAGCAGAGCCAGGGAACCCAGACCCUCUGGUAGGGGCUGUGGGUGUCCCAACCUUUGUCUUAACCACUGAGCCAGAGCCAUUCCUCAUUAGCAUUUUAAAGAACCAUUGUGGAGAUUAAAAAAAAAAAUUUUUUUUUUUAACAGGCAGAGUGGACAGUGAGAGAGAGAGACAGAGAGAAAGGUCUUCCUUUGCCGUUGGUUCACCCCUCAAUGGCCGCUGCAGCUGGUGCGCUGCGGCCAGUGCACUGCGCUGAUCCGAUGGCAGGAGCCAGGUACUUAUCCUGGUCUCCCAUGGGGUGCAGGGCCCAAGGACUUGGGCCAUCCUCCACUGCCUUCUUGGGCCACAGCAGAGAGGAGCAACCGGGACUAGAACCCAGGGUGCUGGCACCGUAGGCGGAGGAUUUAGCCUAGUGAACCGUGGCGCUGGCCAGCAAGUUUUUGUUUCUUUAAAUUGUAUUUUCUUUAUGCUCUUUUCCCCCUUGAAUUACUUAUUCUCUGCUUGGUUUCCACUUAAUGUUUAGGUCACAUAUUUCCUUCUCUCGUAACAUAAGCACAUUAAAGCUGCACAUUUUCUUUAGGUGCCUUCUUUGGAUCCAUUUCCACCUGUUUCCAUCUGUGUAUGUGUGUGAGUGUGUGUUGUGUAUGUAUGUAGUGCAUAUGUGUGUAUGUUUGUGUAUGUGUGUAAUAUGUGGAUACAUGUGCAGCAUACAUAUCACAUGUGCAUAUGUACAGUGUUAUAUGUAUGCAUACAUGUGUAUGUGUGCAGCAUGCAUGUUACAUAUGUGGGUGUGUGUUACAUAUGUGUGUAGUAUAUAUGUGUGCAGUGUGUAUGUUACAUAUUUGAGUAUAUGCAUAGGUGUGCAUUACAUCUGUGAGUGUGUAUAUAUGUGUAUGCAGCAUGUAUCUUCUAUAUGUAUAUUUGUGUGUAUGUGCAGCUUGUAUGUUAUAUAUGUGUAUCAGUGUGCAUGUGUGCAGCAUGUAUGUGUAUAUGCGUGUAUGUGUGUACAUGUGCAGUGUGCAAUGUGCAUGUUAUAUAAGUGGGCAUGUGUAUAUGGGUAUGUGUGUACAUGUGUAUUGUGCAGUGUUAUAUGUGUGGGUGCGUGUAUAUGCAUGCAUGUAUGUGUGCAUGCACGUGUGUACCUGUGUAUGUAUGCACUGUGUAUUUUUUUUUUUGACAGGCAGAGUUAGAGAGAGAGUCAGAGAGAAAGGUCUUCCUUCCGUUGGUUCACCCCACAAAUGGCCGCCACAGCCAGCGCACUGCGCUGAUCCGAAGCCAGGAGCCAGGUGCCUCCUCCUGGUCUCCCAUGCGGGUGCAGGGGCCCAAGGACUUGGGCCAUCCUCCACUGCACUCCUGGGCCACAGCAGAGAGCUGGACUGGAAGAGGAGCAACCGGGACAGAACCAGCGCCCCAACUGGGACUAGAACCCAGGGUGCCGGCGCCGCAGGUGGAGGAUUAGCCUAGUGAGCCGCGGCGCCGACCUGCACUGUGUAUUUUAUAUAUGUGUAUGCUUGUGUCUGUAUGUGUGUACAUGUGUGUGAAUGUAUGUUAUAUAUGCGUAUGUGUGUAUGCAUGUCCGUGUGUAUAUGUGUGUGUGUGUGUGUGUGUGCACAUGUGCUGUUUCCAAGGUGUGUGCAGUUGAUCAUCUAUUGAGUUGUGUUCUCAGGGCUUGCUGACUUUUCUCUGUAAAUUUCAUACUUCAAUUAAAAACAUUCAAGGUUCAGAAGAGGUAUGUACCACACAGCUUUGUUUUUAUUAGCAUUUGUCUCAUCUGUCUUUUCUAUAUUCAGCUUUUCUAUGCUGUUUGGUUUUAGGACAGAUAAGUGUAUCGUGUGCAUCUUACCACAGAGUCGUGCAUACCUGGUGGCACCAAACGAAGGCUGUGCCCCUCCCUCCUCCCUCAGCACCGAGCGAAGGCUCUCGCCCGCUGCCCCGGGGGAUGGCGGCCCUGUUCCCAUCUGCCCCGCCCCAGGAACAGGUCCUGCAGGUCCCAAGCCUGGGGUGAUCUCGCAGCUGGAGCGAGGAGACGUGCCAUGGGUCCUGGACCUGCGGGGCUCUGUGGGGCAGAAGCGCCCGGGAGCCAGCGGCUCAGUGUCUCGUGGGGCCAGGGCUGCGUAUAAGGAGCUGACUUCAGGAGAGACGUUUAACAGGAAAGAACUGGAUGGACUCACUCCACGAGGACGGGAGCCAGGAGGGGCCCAUGACCAUGCCAGAGAGAUGGAGCAGGACCUGGACAGACCAGUGGGUCAGAGAGGCCCCAUGCCGGUCACACUGCCCGACAAGGAGCAUAGCCGGGAAUCUGGGGAGAGCCUCGCAUUGGGUGCGAGCCCUGUCCUUGGUCAGAGACCUCAUCAGUGUGACGUAUGUGAGCAGAGUUUUGAACAGAGGUCAUACCUCAAUAACCAUAAGCGUGUACAUAGGUCAAAGAAACCAAGUACAGCUCGGGCCCCUGGGGAAGCCAUCGGUGCUUGCGUGCUUGUUCAAGAUCAGGGACUGCCCGGCGGGAGGAGGCUGCACUGCUGCGGCUGCUGUGGGAAGGCCUUCCGGUACAGCGCCAACCUCGCCAAGCACCAGCGGCUGCACAGCGACGAGAAGCCCUACAAGUGCGGCGAGUGCGGGAAGGCCUUCAGCCAGAGCUGUGAGUUCAUCACCCACCGCAGGAUGCACUCAGGCGAGGUCCCCUAUCGCUGCGAGGAGUGUGGGAAGACGUUCAACCAGAGGCCCAACCUCAUGAAGCACCAGAGGAUUCACACUGGGGAGAAGCCCUACAAGUGUGGCGAGUGCGGGAAGCACUUCAGCGCCUACUCUUCCCUUAUCUAUCACCAGAGAAUCCACACUGGGGAGAAACCCUAUAAAUGCAACGACUGUGGGAAAGCCUUCAGUGACGGCUCCAUUCUCAUUCGACAUCGCCGGACUCACACUGGAGAGAAGCCGUUUGAGUGUAAGGAAUGUGGCAAAGGCUUCACCCAGAGUUCCAACCUUAUCCAGCAUCAGAGAAUUCACACUGGAGAGAAACCCUAUAAAUGCAACGAAUGUGAGAAAGCCUUCAUUCAAAAAACCAAGCUUGUUGAACAUCAGCGAAGCCACACGGGAGAGAAGCCCUACGAAUGCAAUGACUGCGGCAAAGUCUUCAGCCAGAGCACACACCUCAUCCAGCACCGGAGGAUCCACACCGGGGAGAAGCCCUACCGGUGUGAGUGUGGGAAGGCCUUCCACAACAGCUCCAGACUCAUUCACCACCAGCGGUCGCACCACGGGGAGAAGCCCUACGAGUGCGGUGAGUGCAAGAAGGCCUUCAGCCAGAGCACGUACCUCAUCCAGCACCGGAGGAUCCACACGGGGGAGAAGCCCUACAAGUGUGGCGAGUGUGGGAAGGCCUUCCGGCACAGCUCCAACAUGUGCCAGCACCAGAGGACCCACCUCAGGAAGGACUUCCCCAUGCCACAGGGCCAAAGGGCGUGUCUUCCAGUUAAACAAAACUCUUAACUCAAGAGCAGUGCAUGUUCACUUUAGAAAAGCUGCGAGGGGAAAGCAAGCAGAAAAGAGGCUCUUUUAGUCUCCACCUACCGAGAUUCUGGGGCUGGCACUGGCACAGCACAUUAGCUGCCACCCACAACGUGGGCAUCCCAGAGGAGUGUGGGCUCGAGUCUUGGCUGCUCCACUUCCGAUCCAGAGGAUGGAAGAUCUCUGGCUCUCUGUCCCUGUCUCUCUCUGUAACUCUGGCUUUCCAAUACCUAAGUGAAAUUUUUAAAAAAUCAGAUUUGUUCAAUAGGCUAAUCCUCCGCCUAGCGGCGCCGGCACACCGGGUUCUAGUCCCGGUCAGGGCGCCGGAUUCUGUCCCGGUUGCCCCUCUUCCAGGCCAGCUCUCUGCUAUGGCCAGGGAGUGCAGUGGAGGAUGGCCCAGGUGCUUGGGCCCUGCACCCCAUGGGAGACCAGGAAAAGCACCUGGAUCCUGGCUCCUGCCAUCGGAUCAGUGCGGUGUGCCGGCUGCAGCGGCGGCCAUUGGAGGGUGAACCAACGGCAAAGGAAGACCUUUCUCUCUCUGUCUCUCUCUCACUGUCCACUCUGCCUGUCAAAAAAAAAAAAAAAAAAAUCAGAUUUGUAAAAAAAAAAAAAAAAAAAAAAAAAGAUUCUUUGCUGCUGAGUUAAUGUUUUGUUUUAGACACACUGGGGAAUAUUUCUAAAAGAUGUAUUUAUUUUUAAAGAUUUAUUUAUUUAUUUAAUUGAAAGAGUUACACAGAGAGAGAAGGAGAGGCAGAGAGAGAGAGAGAGAGAGAGGUUUUCCAUCCACUGGUUCACUAGUCGGCUGCAACAGCCGGAGCUGGGACGAUCCAAAGCCAGGAGCCAGGAGCUUCUCUGGUCUCCCAUGUGGGUGCCAUCUUCCACUGCUUUCCCAGGCCACAGCAGGGAGCUGGAUCGGAAGAGGAGCAGCCGGGACCCGAACCAGUGCCCAUAUGGGAUGCAGGCACUGCAGGCAGCAGCUUUACCUGCUACACCACAGUGCUGGCUCCCAAGAUUUAUUUAUUACCUGAAAGGCAGAGUGACAGAGCAAGAGGGAGAGUGAGAAUGAGACCUUCCAUCUACUGGUUCACUCCCCACAUGGCUGCAGCAGCUGGGGCUGCACUAGGCUGAUGCCAGGAGCCAGAAGCUCCAUCCAGGUCUCCCACAUGGGCAGGGACUCAGAUGCUUGAGCCAUCGUCUGGUUCUCUGGUGUAUUAGCAGGGAGCUAGGAUGGAGGCAGAGUAACUGGGACUCACACGGGCACUCUGAUAUGGGAUGCGGCAUCACAAGGGUGGUUUAACCCCUGUACCAUGGCGCCCCGCUGGAGAGCCACUGUACUCCUAACAUCUGUGCCGUUUCCUCAGUGCAAGAAAUUCAAGCUACAGAGAACUCCAAUACCGGCAUAUUUCUACAGUUUCUAAGCAAAAAUUGACACUACAUCACUCAAACUUGGUUCACAGAGUUGAAAAUGCCUUUUUUGUUGUGGGAAAAAUCUAUAUAACAAAAUUGACCACUGUAACCAGUGUGGCGUAGAGCACUAAGUACACUCACAGUGCAAAUGUAGCUGCCACUGCUCCCGCAAUUGUUUUCUUCUCCCAGUCACAAGCUCGGGACCUAGUACGCAGUACCUCCUCCCCUUCCAGUUGCUGGUUCUGAGUUUCCCUUUCCCAGGAACCCCAACUGAGUGUGAUCUGUAAUACACGUUCUGCGUGUCUGGCUUCGUUCCUCUAGUAAUGGAGCCUGAAUCAAACUCCAUUCUUUUUAUGGCUAAAUAAUAUUCUACUCUGAGGA